AUGACACCUACUACGUUUGCUUUACAGAAAGCGGAUGGUUAUAUUGAAUAUGACACAUUCUUGUCGACCGAUUUUGAUUCCAACAGUUAUGCGAAUACUAUUGUAAAUCAGUCAGGCACAGGAGAUGGGAGUGAUGUUAGCACUGCUCUUGCCAAACUAUCAUUUAACAUCGACAGUCUCAAUAAACAAAUACAAGAGCAGGUUGUUGGAAACUAUGAAGCAUUGUUGGGACAGAUAACAAGCAUUAAAGGGCUCGAGACAAUCCUCUCAAGUGUACAUACCAAUAUUAUUGACUUGAAUGAAUCACUUGGACGAUUGUCUACGAAGAUCAGGGAACCAUACAAUCAAUUACAGACUUAUGCUAUCCAACUUGAAAACUUACAGGCGACCUCAAGCUUAUUGAGCCGUCUCCGUCGUUUUCUUCUUUUGGUACGUCGAUUGGAAACUUACCUGGCCAAUAUGAAGGAAGAAGGAAUGGGAGAGCGCGAUAUGACAGCCGCAGCAUUAACACUUCAUGAACUAGAUGCGAUCAUGAAGGAAACAGAUUUUGAAGGGGUUGAUGCUGUGUCGACCAAGCUGGAUUUUAUUAAAGAAAGCCGAGAGUAUGUUGAGGGUGAAGCCAGUCGCCUGUUGAAAGAGGGAAUUGAUUCACAAGUACAGGCCAAGAUGGCAGCUGGUCUGCAAGUACUUUAUAAUAUGAAGGAGAUGAGCCAAAAAGUGGAAUCAAUUACUAUAGAAAUUCUGGACGAUUUAAAAAGUGAUAUUCAGCAUGUAGUAGAUAUGGAAUCACUUCAAAAAGAGACCCGAGUUGCCGGUCAAACAGCUAGCUCAUCUGUAAGACGAGUCAAUAAUGAACCGGCAUUUGGUAACCAAAGUACCUUGACACAAGCCGUGUGGAGUCGUGUGGAAGCAUUGAUGCAGACUAUGGGAGACGCCUGCAUAAAGAUCUAUGGCUUGGAAAAAGUUUUAGAGCUGAGAAAGGAUUCAUUUACACAAGUGUCCUUUUUGGAAGAAGUGUCAAAGGUGCUCGAUUCUACCAGUUUAGUGAGUUAUUUCUGGCGUGUAUUAUCUGCCACCUUUGAAAAGGAAUUAAAAGAAGCAACAAAAGUAUCUACCUUUCUUCAAAACACAUUUGUGGGCGACUAUCCAAGACUGUUACGUUUACUAUACGAGUUCUUUUCUCGAGUUGCUAUGAAUAAUGGCACGGCCCUGUCAGAUUAUUCUCAAAGUCCAGAAUAUGUCAUUAUGUUACGUAGCUUUGGUACAUUUGAGAGUGGGUUCUUGGCCCGAUCCUUAACUAGGAUGUAUGAUACCGUUAAUGCCACGUUUCCUGCACACGGUGGGAUCAAACGAUCUGUACCAACCAAAGCAAAUGUACUGUCCAUUACUCGGGUUAUUGGAAGUGAGUUGGAAACUUCCGCAUUCGAGCCCCAUCUCUCUCAGGCUGUGGCCAAAAAUGCAGUCAAGGUUCUCAAUAUGUUUUGUGUUAAAUGCGAGGGUUUGACUCCUACUGGUGACCAACCCAUCUAUACAGCAGUUCCAAACAAUGCGAUUGCUACUUAUCUAAAGCUGAGUAUUGAGCUUGCCAACAUUCUGUACUUUAUGCACCAGUCCACUUGGAAGGUGCUUGAUGAAUAUCCAGAAAAGACAAUUGAUGUUGUGAAACAAGGAGCAGAGGACUGCCGACGUUUGAUGAUUAACAUUGGACAUAAUUUGGUCGAGGCUAUCAAAGCAGAUGCAGAUCGGGUGCUGCUUCGGAUGCACCAAGAAGACUUCUCAGGACAGCUUAGGCGCUCGUUUGAUCCAGAAGACAAUGGUUCUUCCACUAGCGGAUACAUGAAAGAGCUGGCCCGCCAUGUGCGAUACUACCACUCGACCAUUCUAUCCAGACUUUCGUGUGGAACUGAACCAAAAGGAUGGGCUCUUGAGAUCAGUAAACAUAUUAUUGGUGUGUUUAUUUUUCAAGUCAGCACAGUCAGACCUCUGAGUGAGGCUGGAAAACUUAAACUUGCAGGCGACAUGGCCGAGCUCGAGUUUAAUGUGAGUCAAUUGAUGAGCGAAUUUGGAGGAAAGAUGGAAGACAUCGGUUUGGAAUACAAAGCACUUCGAGCAUUCCGACCACUAUUGUUUUUAGACUCGGCGCAAUUGACAGCGGCACACCAUACUACCGGUCUUUCAAAGCUUGUCUUGAUCCACCACCUUGCAGUUCGUUCCCAAUCAUCUUCUCGUGCUCUGCCUCUCCCGCACACUGUGUAUGAUAUCCCUAGGCUGGAGUAUAUGAACUGGAUGAAUCGACAAACUGAGAAAGAAGCUGCAGAGUUGGCAAUGGCUGCAAUUCGGAAAGGAAGCAAUAUGUCGGAACCCGAACUUCAAGAAGUGCCAGAAUAUCGCUUUAUGAUUGCAUUAGUAGACCAAGCUGAAUAAACCUGUAUAUUUAAAAGU